AUGUCGGCCCUCUUUGCCCACGGUUCUCCCCACGAGCCUCACCCAAUGGUUUCCCACAAGGAACCUGUGGUAUGCUGCCGGUACAAUCCCACAUUCAGGCAGGUGAUCAGCUGCUCAGAAGCGUCUGUGGUAAAAGUAUGGGACUUUGAAACGGGAAGACUGUUGUCUGAAUUUACUGGGGCUCAUGGCACUGCUGGAAUCACCUGUCUGACCUUUGACUCCAGUGGAAGAAGGCUGGUUACUGGGGGCAGAGACGGUUGUCUGAAAAUAUGGAGCUACAACAGUGGACAUUGUCUGCACACUCUGAGACAUGAUGGAGAGCAAGGUGAAGUCUGUGAUUGCACCUACUUGGAAGUGAACCAAAAUAAGUGUAUCAUAGCCGUUGAAUGGGAGAGAAGAAUAGAUGUGUACUUUGACACACCGUGUGACUUUCAUCACUUCCGGAAGCCACAGCCACACUGGCAAGAUGACUUGAACCAUGGACACAAGGAAGACAUUCUCUGUGUGGCUCAUUGUCCACCUUCUCUCCUCGCCACCUCCAGUUACGAUGGGGAGAUUAUCAUCUGGAAUGUCAUCUCAGGCCACGUGUACUGCAAGCUGAAUUCCCCCAGCUCCUCUGAUGGCACAGAAAAUAGAGAAGUCGAGGCAAGUCACCCUGGAGCCCACAGACUCAAGGAGGGCGAGACGAAGAAGCUCCUUUCCUAUCUCCUCACACCCAAACAGCUAUGUCCUUUGUGGCUCUUGAAGGCCCAGACAGAAGUGUCUCAAGACCCGGGCAGCCAACUUGGAAUCAGCCUCCGCUUCCCUGAUGGCCAACGGGCCUCGAGUGUGUGUAUAAUGAUCCCUGUGUGUACGUGUCUUCAGUCCAGGGACAAAGCCCGGGUCAGCAGCAUGGUGGUGACAGCGGGAGAUGCCUGUGCCUACGUGGCUGACCAGCGCAGCUUUGUGCAUGUCUAUGACAUCGAGGAGUAUGGCUUGCAGGGACAGGAACUACAGCUUCCCACGAAUGUGACAUUCUGGAGGACCCAUGUCAGCAUGGUGACUUUGGAGCUGAUAGAAGAGAUUCUGCUCUCGUCCUCCCUGGACCGCACCGUGCACCUGUGGAGCAGGGAUGGGGCUUUCAUCGGGACCUUUGGGCAGAGCAGCCCCUGGGAUAUUUUCACUCCUGCCUCCUGGAGCCACCCUAGAGUGCCCCAUGAAGUCCUGACAGACCCCCAGAGCAUGCCUGCUCACCCAGUGCUAGAAGGAGGUGUUCCUGCCACGUGCAGAGGAGAAGAGCAAGACAAGGUGGCGGAGGGCAAGGCCAGUGCUGAGGUUGGUCCUGGCACAUACAGUUCACCUGGGCUUGCUCAUAGCUCCAGGCAGAUUGGCACUGGUUAUAAACUGCACCCUGAAGGGGUCAAGGCAUGACCCAGAGAACCAAGUCAACUCAGGAAUAAAAGCAUAUCCUAAGAUCCUCCUACUGACCAGGGCCAGGGGGCUUAUUGGUUCAUGCGGGGGUAGUUGGAGCUGAUCUCCCAGAAUCACUUGACUGUCCCUCUCUUUCAUCAGCAAAAAGGUUGUUGUCUGUGGCCUUGGAACACAGAGAGACUCAGCACCCUGCUUGACCCCCU